AUGAAGGCCUUCUUCGCUCUCGGUGCCAUCGCCUCCCUCUGCCAGACGGCAUACUCUCUCAACCCCGGCUUCUACACCAUCGCCUCAGCCAACAGUGACUCCAAAGUCUUGACCGUGAAAGGACCCAAUCAGCCACUGGUCUUCGAAGACGUUCAGGGAUCUCCUGAGCAAGUCUGGCACUUCGAGCCCGCCGGCGGUGACUACUUUGAGAUCCGCGGCUCAAAAGGCUCAUGGAUCAACUGCGCCCAGGAGGGUGCGAGGACAUGUUCUGCUGGUGGCGAGCCCCAGGCUUUCAUCCCUGAGUUCCAAGGUGGUUCGAACUAUGAGCUUGUGGAGGCGGGGAGCGGAUAUUUCUUGCGUCUUGCCAAAGAUGGAUCUCUGCAGUUGGCUGAGUAUGAUGGAAGUAUUGAUGAGCAGUUCAGCUUGAAGCCAGUAAUUGCCAACUCCUCAAUCGCAAAGAAACCCAAAAUGCCCCUCACCGACAACCGCGCUCUGCGCAUCCUCGAACACGCCGCCGAAAACCACUAUGGCAUCCCCGCAAUGUGCUGCUACAACAUCGAAGGCAUUCUCGCCACCGUCCGCGCAGCAGAAGCCAAGCGCUCCGCAGCCAUGAUCCUCCUCUUCCCCUGGGCAAUUCACUACGCAGACGGACUCCUCGUGCACGCGGCCGCCGAAGCCGCGCGCAAAUCCACAGUCCCAAUAACAGUCCACAUGGACCAUGCGCAAACACCCGAGAUCAUCCGCUACGCCGCAGACCUAGGCGGGUUCGACAGCAUCAUGGUCGACAUGUCGCACUAUGAGAAGGCGGAGAAUCUGGCGCUGACGCGGGAAUUGGUGGAGUACUGCCAUGAGCGGGGCAUUGCGACGGAGGCAGAGCCUGGUCGCAUUGAGGGGGGUGAGGAUGGGGUUGCGGAUACGGCUGAUUUGGAGGGAUUGUUGACGACGCCUGAGGAGAGUCAGGAGUUUGUGGAUACGGGGAUUGAUUGGUUGGCGCCGGCUUUUGGGAAUGUUCAUGGGGAGUAUGGGCCUAGGGGCAUUCAGUUGGAGUAUGAGCGGUUGCAGAGUAUUAAUGAGAGGGUUGGGGGGAAGGUGAGGCUUGUGCUGCAUGGGGCGGAUCCUUUUACGGAGGAGAUUUUCCAGAAGUGUAUUGAUUGCGGCGUGUCCAAGAUCAAUAUUAAUAAGGUCUUGAAUAAUGAGUAUGUGCGCGUGCAGGCUGAGAAGGCGGGCAAGGUGCCUUUGACUACAUUGUUGGAGGAGGCGACGAAUGCUAUGCAGAAGGCUGUGGAGGGUUGUAUUGAUAGGCUGGGCUCUGGGGGGAGAUAUCCUCCGGCUUAA